CUUAUCUAUGCUCCCCACCCAAAUAAUCCAUAUUCCUCAUGCUAGAUUAGUUCCUCAUUAGAAAACUGUCCCAUUCUAAAUUUCCAAUCAUAUUUUUUCAUGGUUGGGGUCUAACAUAAUGUCACAGCGGUUCUUGUUUCUGCUGGGGUAAUUUGGUUGAUGAUGAACCAGAAGUAAAUGGGGAAUUCUUCAUUGUCGUGCUGCUUUAGACUUUGGCAUGAGAAGUAGUUGUUAUGUCACCAUCAUGUAUUGCUAAUGAAGAAAUAGUAUAUUACAUGAAUGUCCUUGUUGGCCCACUUUGUCCCCAUAGCAUUUCUACGAUUGGAUCUAUCUUGCAAUUUCAAGCUUUCAUGAAUGCAUCAUGUAACAUAGAUUCUUGUGUUAUCCUACUAUAGGAAAAUUCUCCCCACCAAAAUUCAGUCGUUAUAUGGUGCUUUGUUUUAAUCUUGCCAAUUUUCACAGCACACAUUUUACUGAAACAUUAAUACUGAAUUCUGCAUAUACCCUUGAGACAUUGAUUUUGUAAUUAGUGAUGCAGUUUACAUUAUAAAUUGAAUUUGCAAAUGAGGCCUCCUUUACAUUUUUACUAUAUUGGAUUUCAUCAUGUGGAUUGCUUUAUAUCAUUCUUUGUAUCUAUCUUGCUAAUAUUUUAUGCUAUAUAUAUAUUAAUUAAUUCUGAAAUGCUGUGUGCUGAGUUUCUAAACCAAGUGGUAGCAAGGAGAGGCUGCCUCAUUAUUGUUUGCUAUAUCUAAGACAACUUGACAUAUCCACCCAUGCUCCACAUUUCUUAUUGCAUAAGGGUUUCUUUAUUUAUUUAAGGCAUUUAUCUCCGUUCAUCGUACCCAAGACAUGCUUGUCAUAUGCUUCUUCUUGUCAGGCAUGAUUGAAGUUGGUCUGUCCAGCCAUAAAAAGAAUGGAGUCUUUUCUGGAAGACAAUGCUCAAUUGAACCCUAGUUUUUGUACCAUUGAGUGUCAGUCUCUUGCUCUAAUUGUUUUGUCUGUUUGUGUUGUGUGCAUGAAAAGCUUAUGUGAAAGCAAAUGUAAUUUGUUUCUCAAUUAUUGAUGGAUGGUACUUCUAGUUUGAUCGUUUUAGUACAAAUUCUACUUUAAAUCUGUAAUGAACACUCUUGUCUUGAUUAACUUUGAUGCAUAUUGUAUGUGGGUGGUGGUACUACUAGUUAAAACUCAAAAGUGCUCCUGUAAUUAGGGUUUUGAUGGUUCCUAUAGGUGAUUUGAAGAUGUCUAAAGUCUGCCACUGCAGAAUUAUAGUUUUGAUGAUGUGUUUCUGUAUGUGGUUACUGUGAUAGCUAUUUGGCUUUUUAGUUCAUAACACUAGCAAAUCAUGUGGAAUUAUUAUGUAAAUGAAUCAUAGCUCCCUUUAUCUCUCUCAAUAGGAGUACCUAUGGUCCUGGUUGUAGCUUUUUAGAAGUAAACAGUUUCAAUUGAGGGUUUUUUUAUUUUUAUUUUUUUAAUAUAUAAUUUAAUAAACGUAUUCUAUAUGGCAGCCAGGUUUAUGUACAAAAACACUCUUAUUGAGAAUCAAAAGCAUGCUUAAAAUAUAAAACAAAAAAGAUUCGACUUUGACCAACUUUGUGAUCCAUAUUAUACUAGUAGAGUAGAGAAGCUGGUUAUGAAACUGUGUCAAUGGAAAGGACAGCAGCUGCCAUUUUUAACUUUAUACAGAAGAAUAAGCUGGCGAUUCUUCUUGUAAGUGGUGCUCAAUCGGUGGUGUUUAAAGCAGCCUUUGAUUUUUGAUCUGUUUCAUGGCGAAACGAGGGGGUGACAAGACAAACCCCUCUCAAUUUCAUUUCAUGUCAUAAAUUUACAAAACAAAAGCCUCUCAUUUUCCAAUGUGACAGUUUCCUCAAAUGGUUUUUUCCUCUCUAUUGAGAUAUGGCAAUUGUUGUACAGGACAAUGGGUUGAUCUGG